UUUUGAUUGUGAAAUUCGGCGUGCCAGUAUAUUCAGAAAGGAGUCACAAGAUGACAGAACCUGUGACUGAUAUUGCUCCAGACGUGAUUUACAGAACAUCUCAAGAAGCAGAUGAUGUUGAGAGGGUGGAGAUAUCCAGUCAAGAUGGAAAAAACAGUGUUUCACUGGCUAAAGGAGCAAACUCAAAGAAGAGCUCGCAAAUGAGUUCCAUCAAGUUUAACGCUCUUGGAACUGCCUUGGGUUUCCUUGUAAAUGGUUAUAUGUACCAGGUGGGCUCGUUAUUGCUGACAUUGUAUGAAGACGUCUAUCCUACAGUAUAUAAUAGCUCAACCUUGCAAUCUGCUUUGAGCACUGCAGUGCUUUAUGGUGUAUUGUUUGGCUUGAUUGCUUUUGGAUUCAUUGCAGACAUGGUUGGUAGAAAAGCUGGCCUUAUUAUGUGUUCUAGUUUGGUUAUUCUUGGUUCCGUAUUGUCUGUAGCUGCUAAUGGGACUUCAACUGACGGAAUGAUGUGGAUGAUCGUGGUUUCAAGAGCUAUUGUAGGCUUGGGAAUGGGUGGAGAGUAUACUUGUAAUGUGCCUAAUGUUAUGGAGGACAGUGAGGAUGUUAGUGUCAAUAAUCGAGGCCGAAGGGUUUCCUUGCUGGUUAUGUUUAUGGAAGUUGUAGGAAAUAAUACUCCAACAUUGAUUCAGUUGAUACUGAUUGCAGCUGCUUGUCGAAAUGUGACGCUAGAUUCUAGGAGUUCUACCGGUGUCAGUCUACCAGGAUGCCAUCCGCAAGUGGUAUGGAGGCUUUCUUAUGGUUUAGGUUUGAUACCUUGCGUUGUUGUUUUGCUGUUUAGAGUGCGGAUGAGUGACUCUGCUAUGUAUCAAACGGAUGCAAAAUUGCGUAAAAAAGUUUAUGAUGGGCUUGAUCUAUUUGUAAUUCUGAGACAUUUUAGCUCUCGUGGUGUUGGAACCAUUGUGAUGUGGUUGAUAGUAGACUGGAUCAACUAUAGUCAAGGUAACUUUUCUGGUGUCAUAUUGGAAAAGGUCACUGGAGUUUCUCUGUUCAAGACCGCUUGGAUUGGACUGGUUCAAGGAGUUAUAUUUCAAUCUGGUCCAUUUAUUGCUUCCUUAGUGGUCGAUAAAUUUGGAAGAAGGAACACCGAAAUAUUUGGUUGGAUGUGGUUGGCUUCUACUCAACUAAUCAACGCAGGAAUAUACAUUAUAUUAUCCCAUCAUCCUGUAGGCUUCAUUGUUUGGCAAACCUUUGUAUUCAUCUUCCAAUAUUUUGUAUUUAUUCCAGUUUAUCUGAUUCCAGCUGAAGUAUAUCCAACUAGAAUUCGUGCAACUAUGUACGGCUGGUCUUCAGGUCUUGGAAAAGUGGGUGGUAUUUUGGGUACUACUCUGUUUCCUUAUAUGUGGGAAGGAUUCGGUCAUGGAGUAGAAAGUUUGGAUGCUUUGAGAGACAUUCAAUGGUUCUAUGCAGGAUUAGAAUAUCUCGGUCUCAUUUUGGCUGUACUUUUUGUACCAGAGUAUUCUAGAACUAGUUUAAGAGGUGAAGAUCGUCGUUACAAUGAAUUGAGACGACGAUAUGCAGCAAGAUUUGCCAAGUCUCUUGGAGUGACAAAUUUGUCAGAAGCAGAGCUAAAGGAAGCUUCGAAUAGUUCCCUAAACCUGUAUACCCUACUAAAAUACAAAUUGCAGGCUUCACAGCAAACUUUUUUGCAAGCAAAACAAGAAUAUGCAAAAAUGCUUCUUGCCCGUUGUUAUUUUCAAAAUAGCGAAGAGAUUGAACGUUAUGCAGAAUUGCCCAUUUAUUACGAUGAUCGAACUUUGAUUACCAAGUGGAUUCGACAGUGGAGGAUGGGUCGUGCAAGAGCUGCCGAGUACAUUGAAAAUGCGGAAAGGUUAGGAUGGGAAGAUAACAGUUCAUGGCAAGUAGAACCAGAAAAGAAUAGCAGAACUAAAGAUGAUGAAAUUGGUAUGGAUAGUACAGAAGCUGUUUUCGAUGGUGGAACUGCGAAAGCUAACUAAGGCUUUGAGACACUUCUAUUAUUUUUCUAUAUCAUGAUUGAGAACCUUUGUGAUGAAUAAAAUGAGUGUGUUUGUC